AUGCUUAAUAGUACAUCUAGAAAAUUUUGGAGCAGGAGUACAGGUGUUAAGGAAUUUUCAGUAUUAAGUUUUUGGAAAUUGAAUUCAUUAAAACGUUUAUUUCUUUCAAGUAAUGAAAUCGAAUAUUUACCUGAUGUUGGAUUCUCGGGGGCAAAUAAUUUAACAGAAUUAUGGUUAGAUUUAAAUAGAAUAAAAUUUAUACAUGAACAAGCAUUUCAAAGUUUACAAGAUUUAAAAUUAUUAUCAUUACAAGGAAAUCGAAUUGAACAAUUACCAGAUGGAAUUUUUAAUCAAUUACCAAAUUUAGAAAUACUUUAUAUUGGAGAAAAUCAAAUUAAAAUAUCAUCAAUUCAAUAUACAAAAGAUCAAAUAGGAUCAGAAAUAAAGGAAUAUGAAGAUAAUAUUGAUGUGGAAAAUGAUGAUAAAUUAUCUGAUAAAGAAAUGCAUGUAGCUGGUGUUAAAUGUUAUAAUACAUUAGAAAGAAAUUUGGAUUCAGAUGGAAAUCAACUUAGUGAAUGCUACGAAUGA